AUGCACUUCUCACCCUCGCGCAUCGUCAUAGGCUUUGCCGUCUUCAUUGCUUUUAGCUUCAUAUACACCAUCAACUCCGUAUCCGCUCGCGACCCGACCUCCGUCUUCUUCGAUCCCAACAAAGGAUACACUCCGCGCUAUUCCGCCCUCAGGCGCCAGCAGGCCGAAGCUUUUGUUUCCGCCUACAACCCCGCCACCGUUGUCAAGGCCGGCCCCGAAAAGCAGAGGAAGCUGUGUGUCGGCAUACCCUCGUUCAAGCGCGACGGCACCCAGUAUCUGCCCGAUGCAGUAGGCUCUCUCCUCGAGGGCCUGACGCCGGAAGAGCGGAAAGAAAUCUACCUUAUUGUCUUCAUUCCCCACUCCCGGCCCGAAAUACACCCAGCCUACAAUGAGGCCUGGCUGGCCGGACUUGCCGAUGAGGUCCUCACCUAUGGAUACGGCUUCGACCGGAUGCAGUACAUUCGCAAUCUCGAGACACAGCACAAGAUUGACGAAAAGGGCAUCUUCGACUACAGAUACCUCUUGGACAAGUGCAGAGAGCAAUACACGCCUUACAUUGCCCUUUUCGAGGACGACAUCGUAGCUAUCGAUGGCUGGUACCACCGCACCAUUGCCGCCAUCGACGAAGCAGAGCGCAAAGCCGCCCUCCAACGCGCCAAGCCCGACUUCCUCUACCUGCGCCUCUUCUACACGGAAGAGUUCCUCGGCUGGAAUGCCGAAGAAUGGUCCACCUACCUCAAAAACUCCAUCUACGUAGCCCUCAUCCCCACCGCCAUCUUCAUCUUCAUCCGCUGCUUCCAGCCAACCACCAAGUUCUCCAUAACCGUCGUCACCCGCCGCACCCUCCUAGCCACCUACGCCGUCCUCGCAAUCAUCAUCCUGCUCUUCUUCGCUUUUGGCCGCAUAACCGUUCAACCCAUGCCCCCCGGCGUCCACGAAAUGCCCGCCUUCGGCUGCUGUGGCCAAGCUUUCGUCUUUCCCAACGUCAAAGCCACUGAAAUUGUAGAAUACUUCAAGGACCGCCAUCUUGGCUACAUUGACGUUCUGCUUGAGGAUCUCGCAAAUGAGCGCCACGAGCUGCGUUAUGCGAUCACGCCCAGUAUUGUUCAGCACGUUGGCCGCACCAAUUCUCAUCACGACGAUGGUCUCAUGAGCAAAUGGGGACUCAGUGUUGCUGAGCGCAUAUGGAGUUUUGCAUUUGAGAAGUUUGAUUGGAGGGCUCUGCGUAGGGAGCAUGAAACGGUUGCCAACUUGAGGCGGCAAGCCACCACCGGCACGACGGGGAUCUAA